AGAUUCUCUAGGAGUAAAGUAACUAAUUUGCUUUUCUACUACAGGGCAAUAUAACCGACUAAGACUCUCUCGAUCCAUGGUUUUUCAAGGCACACUUCCUAAGUAAUUAAGUUCUAGAGAGAUUAAGCAAGCAGAAACUUUUAAAACGGGAAUCACAUUCCAGAUCUAUUAAGUAUGCACACAUGGAUAAUCCAAGUGUCCUAUCCUUAAGUACAGAACGAUACUGAAAAACAGGAUUUUUAAAAGGAAGAAGGUAUACACUGCUGCCUUGGGUUUAAUACUUCUGAACCUUAAUAUAUUCAACAGAAGAUGAAAGACCGCCUUCAAGAGCUUAAACUGAGAGCAAAGGAACUACAAUUAUUUGAAGAGAACAAUCGUGUUGUUAAUGCUAUUAGAGAGGAACAAGGAGAAUUUGAACAAGCAGCUGUUAUUUUUGAAAAGGAACCCAUAACUGAAAGGUACUUGCAUGAAAUACAACAACUUCAUAAUGAUAUUAAUCAUUUGGCAACGGAUGUUCAAAAGUUUAGUCGGCAGCAGAAAAGUUUGAUGGCUUCCAUGAGAAGAUUCAGUGUGCUUAAAAAAGAAAGCAGCAAUACAAAAGCAAUUAAAGCUCAAGCAGAGCAUAUUAAUAAGGGCUUGGAUGAUCUUUCAAAAAUAGUGAAGAGAGAAGAAAAAGAACAUAGCUCAUCACCUGCCCUUAGAAGGGUCCUCAGUUCUCAGCGUGCAGUCCUCUUCCAUCGUUUUCAAAAUAUAAUGAUUAUGUACAAUAAUGCCAUAACAACCAAACAAGAAAAAUGUAAGGAUUUCAUUAUGCGUCAGUUGGAAGUGGCAGGAAAAGAAGUAUCAGAGGAAGAACUAAAUAAUAUGGUUGAACAAGGGAAAUGGGAAAUCUUCAAUGAAAAUCUGCUUACAGAGGUCAAGAUUACUAAAGGCCAGUUAUCUGAGAUUGAACAAAGACACCGAGAACUAGUCAGUCUGGAAAAUCAAGUGAAAGACUUAAAAGGCCUUUUUUUUCAAAUCUCACUUUUGGUAGAUGAACAAGGUGAAAUGAUCAACAGCAUUGAAAUGGAAAUCAUUAAUACUCAGGAUUAUGUCCAAAUGUCAAGAGAAAAGUUCAGGCUAGCAGCUAAGUAUCGAAAAAAGAAUCCAUGCAAAGCACUGUGCUGUUGGUGCUGCUCUUGUUGCAAAUGAUUUGUCUUCUGGGCAAUUAAAACUGAAGAGCUGAUCCAUAAAAUACUGAAUAGGACUAAACAUAUCACAGAGAAAGUGGAUUUGCUGUACUACUAAGAAUAUAUACAUUUUUUUUCACAUGAUAUUUGCUUUCCUUAGUUACAUGUCUCUAAUGCAGAAUGUGCUGAAGAAUUUCAGAAGAAAUCACUACACCUUGAAAAUAAGAAAAGGGAUCAAAUGCAAGGAUCUUGCCAAUGUUCGCCAUGGACCAUUAUACCUUGGUAGCUGAGUAAUUCCUUGUUACACUGUGAAGAGGGGAAUAGUCUUGUCCUUUCCACAUGCUGCUUUAAAAACAUGAAUGUGACACAAAGGAGUAUUAUUAUCAAUUCAUUAUGAUGUUACAGGUACCAGUGAAGCAUCUGUUUGAGACACGACUGUACUGUCAUAUUUAAUUUUAGCCAAGUUCCCUGGAAUUAAAUGCAUCUUCCUAGCAAUUUUGUUUAACUAGUUUGGAUAAAGAAAAACUGCAAACCUACUGUAACAUAAGUUACGGUGUACAGGAAGUCUUCAGCUUACAUCCAUUUGUUCAGCAACUGUUCAAAUUUAUGUCCUCCAGCCUCCAGCCAUCUCAGUACCCCUGAGGUCAUGUGUUUACAAUCCAAGCAGGCACUUGGAUGUCCGGCUUAUGAUUAUAUGUCAUGUGAUCACAUUUGUGAGCUUCCUUGCUGGUUUCCCACAAGCAAUAUCAAUGGGAAAGCUGGCAGAGAAGAUUGCAAGUCGCUCCAGUAAGAUCCCCCAGUUCACCUGCAUCUAUGCGGCACGUUCUAAGAUUUUCCUGCAGUCAUAAAGGGCUACAUCCUGUGACUGCGUCACUUAGAGAUGGCAAUUUCAGUUGAAAUCAUAACCCCAAGACAUGCAGUCAUUAAACAGGAAGUGGUGGGAAUCCCAAGGGGGGAAGUCAGGAGAGAGCUUGGGAGACCCAAUGCAGGAGUGCUAUGAGAGGCUGGGGGAAGCUGAAGAUGUCUUGAGGGUUCCAGCAUAAGCUGAGCAUGAAUUGAGGGAGGCACAGUGGGGGUUCAGUGCAAGCUACAUAUGAGUUAGGACAGGGCUUAGGAAACCCAGUGUAGGCUACAAAUGAGCUGGAGGAUGAGGGGGUAAUGGCAAAGGCUGCACAUGUGUAGGGCGGCUUACCCAAGUGACUUGCUAUCUUCCCUGCUGCAUUCCCAAUGGAUUUUGCUUGUCAGAACCUGCAUGAAAUAUCAUAAAUGGCAAUCACACGACUAUAGAUCCCUGUGACAUCAUAAUUGUGAGCCUGGUUCCUUAGCACCUAAUGGCGAUCAUGAGACUGUAAUGGUGCUGUAAUGGCUAUGGUAAAAAGCAUUGUAGACUUCCCUGUCUAUGUAUGCCAUACCCUUAAAAAAAAAAAAAACUGGCACUGCAUGCAAAGGUUUAAAAAAAUAUAAAUAAUAAGAUUAAUCUCUCUCUGUCUUUAUGUAUGCAAUAGAUUUCAGCAAACUCAGGAUUCUUUUACUUUUAAAAAUCCUUCCUCACAGUUUUUCCAUUAUGGAAAGUCUCCAAAUAUUUGAAAUAUAUUUUAUUAUGGUAAUAUUGAAAAAGACCUCUUUUAAGAAAUAAUCAUUUUGUAUUAAUGAUAUUAUACUCCUUGAGUACCAGCUAUUCAUUGUAAAAAUUAAGCACAACUGUGGAGCACAAACCAAAGCCUUGUAUGAAUGGUCAUGUCAUUAUAAAAUUAUUUUAUUCAGUUUGGAAAAUAUACUCUGUCUCUAAGUAAAUCACAACAGAAUAAUCUGGGCAAGCAUACAAAUAUCCCCCAAAAAACCAGUAAGUGUGUUAACAGUAUGUACUAAAAAGGAAGAGGAGAAGAGGAAAUUAGGCAUAAUUACAAGUAGUCUUGAGAAAUGACAGGCCACUUAACAACAGUUCAUAGUUAAGGCUCACACUCCAAAACUAUAUAUGACCUGUUUCAAAGUUAUACAGUUUGCAGUGCCACCGUAGUCAUGCACUUUAUGACAGACCACAGGGAUCCUGCAGUCCUUCCACCUCUCUUCCCCCCCCCCCACACACCACCACGACCAUCCUGCCCGAUGGGACCUACAGCACUUGGGCCUGCUCCCCAAGCCUCCUGGAAGUAGUCACCAUUUUUAGGGCCCCGACAAUUCCUUGGCAGCUGCUUUCAGAGCUUUGUGUUCCAAUCAGCUGGCCAGCGGAAGGCUGCAAAGCCCUCCUGUCUCUUGCUUGGCUUUGGAAGCUGGCCUUUGCCUGAAAGGCAGCUUCAGGAUAAGGUUCCCAAAAACCUUUCUCUUGCUUCACCCUCCCCCCCCCCCCCCCAGAAAGCCACAUUUCUUCAAUAUAAAACAGAAAAAGAUGGAAGGAAUGGACUUGCUGAUCUUCCCUCCUCACUAAAUGCUCUCUCUACUCUCCAAUCUCUAACCCUUUUAAAAAUCUAAUCUUGACUCCAGCUAAAGAAUAGAGGAACAAAGUGACCAAGAAAAGAAAAUCUUUCGGCAGCUUUCUCUAUUGAACUGAAAAAAAAGUCCUCUCACAGUUGUGCAAUGAAAUGGAGGAUGCUGGAUCCUUGCAAGCUUUAGCUGUCAUUCUGAGCUAUAGAGCUCAGGUAGGAAUUAAAAGAUAGAUUAUAGACUGUCCUAUAUAGGCAGUCAUGUGGACAGCUAAAGCUUAUAAAGACCCAGUGUCCUCCAGUUUGUUGCACAACUUUUAGAGAUGUUUUUUUUUUUUUAAGUUUCAUGGCUGGCCAUUACUUGAGGUAGUUCAUUUACCGUUGCUAAGCUCCGUUAAAGCCAUAACUCAGACUAUCUGUAUUCAAGAAGUUCUCUUUUGCAAGGAAGUUAACUUUCAUGCUAUCAGUCACCUCUGCUGUUGGUUGUCAAUCGUAUUUCACAAAUGCAUAUUUAGUUUGUAUAAAAUAUUGUUUUUCCUGAAGGCAAUUAUAUAUGUGUGUGUGAAACAGUAAAAUAAACUACAUCAAUCCACAUGUUAGAGAACAGGAAGAAAUUGUUUUGUGUUAUGAUUACAAGGAAUGUAGAAAAAUAUCUGAAAUAUAGAAUUAAAAACAAAACUAAAACUGAAGCCUAAAUAUUGGUUAAAUUAAAUCUGGACAACCACAAGAUAUUU